AUGAAUAACGACGAUGAGGCUCUUUCCCUGGUAUUCAAGAAGAUUGAACGAGAGCGGGCGCUACUCAACGCUGCGAAUCAAAUGCGUCAACAGACACAAAAUGAACAAGUCAAGGCACGACUAGACACCCAGAUGCGGGAGGGUCGCAGAAAUAUUCAGUAUCUCGAGGAACGUAUGCAAGAGCUUCAGAUGCGUAAGAUGGGACAGGAUAUGGAGAACAUGAACCUUAGUCCCGUAGGAACUGGUCCCGGAAGGCGCGCAAGUGAAGGAUAUGACGGUAGAUCAGGUCCAUCUACACCGCUUGCCAAGAGUCCUCGAACUCACAUUGAUGCUGGGCAGGGCACUAGCUAUGGUAUGCAGGAAACAGGUGGGAGUCAGGGUGAGUUGAUGCCCUCGCGGCAUCCAUUUGCUCCGCCAGGUCCCAGCUCGUCGCUGCCAAAGCGGCCAAAUUACACCAAACUAGAUUUGAUAAAAUAUGAUACACCUUUUCUUGGGCCUCGAAUCCAACUCAUGCUUUCGCAAAUCGAAUUUAAACUCAAUGUUGAGAAGCAGUACUUAAAGGGGAUCGAAAAAAUGGUUCAGCUGUAUGCUAUAGAGGGAGAUCGAAAGAGUCGCGCUGAUGCCGCUGGGAGAAGAAUUGAGAGUACACAAAAGAUUCAAAUCCUUAAGCAGGCGCUCAAGAGAUAUGAAGAUCUUCACAUUGACAUGGAAAGCUCGGCUGAUGCACCUGAUGGGGUAGAUGAUAGCAUAAACACACCGAACUUACGAAAGCCUCUAACCGGACAACUUUCUAUUAGAAUACUAGCAGUUAAGGAUGUGGAUCACGCAACAACCAGUCGGUUCGCUAGGGGCCCUGAAACUUUUGUAACCAUAAGGGUCGAAGAUAAUGUUGUCGCUCGUACCAAAAUAUCUCGUAACGACAAGUGGGAAGCUGAAUAUCACAAUAUAACUGUGGAUCAAGCUAACGAAAUCGAACUUAUUGUAUAUGAUAAGCCUACUGAUCACCCUUUGCCAAUGGGUUUGCUUUGGAUUCGACUAUCUGAUAUCGUAGAAGAGAUGCGAAGGAAGAGAAUUGAAGCCGAAAUUAAUAACUCUGGAUGGGUAUCUGCAGAUCGUAUGGGCAGCGGAAGUUUACCUAGCUCAGCGCCUCCUCAAUUCCCAUUAAGUCCUUCUCACGCAACGUUUACAGCGAACCCUGGAAGUGUAGUUGUGGCCGAAAACCCUGCUUUAAGUGGAUCUAUGGUUGCAUCUCAACCAAUCGAUGCUUGGUUUGCCCUUGAACCUACUGGUGCUGUCCAGCUGAGCAUUAAUUUCACAAAACAAAUCAAAGAGAAAAGAGGCUUCGACGCUGGCCUCAAUCGAAAGGGCGCUAUUCGUCAACGGAAAGAAGAAGUCCACGAAAUGUACGGCCACAAGUUUGUUUCACAGCAAUUCUACAACAUCAUGCGCUGUGCACUAUGUGGGGAUUUUCUCAAGUACGCUGGUGGUAUGCAAUGCGAAGACUGUAAAUAUACUUGCCAUACCAAAUGUUAUACUAGCGUUGUGACAAAAUGUAUAAGCAAAUCCAACGCAGAAACUGAUCCAGACGAGGAAAAGAUAAACCACCGUAUUCCACAUCGCUUCGAAAAAUUCUCCAAUAUGAGUGCUAACUGGUGUUGCCAUUGCGGCUACAUCCUGCCGUUUGGGAAAAAGAAUUGUCGAAAAUGUUCAGAAUGUAAUCUGACCUGCCAUGCUCAGUGCGUACAUCUUAUUCCGGACUUUUGUGGAAUGUCAAUGGCUGUAGCCAACGUGAUAAUUGAUGGUAUAAGAAAUCAAAAACGCCGACAAACUGCGCAAGUUCCCUCGGUCGGGCAGAGUAAGCAAAGCCAAUCUGGAAAACCAACUGCUUCUUUGGUAGAAAAUUUUGGGCCUGGGUCUCGUGCGUCAUUUAGCCAGGAACCACAUCGUUCUACACAGUCAGGAUCUUAUGGGUCUGCCUCUUCUUCAACAGGUGCAGCUGAAGCCGCAAAAGUUAUGUACAACCAGGGUCAUCCAUCUCAAAAGAGAUUAUCGGCGCCAAAUCCAGCUUUAACUUCAUCAGCUACGGCAGCUGCAGCUGCAGCAAUGUCUGGAACAAAGAUUCCUAAUACACGUGAAUCAUUUUCAACUCCCCCUACUGAUUAUUCACAGGCUGGAAGGUCCUCUGCAACUAAUUAUACCGGUCACUCUAGCCCCCGUACGGAUAACAAUCUCUAUAAUGCAACUUCAGUACCACAAUCACCAUCUCAAGUCAGUUAUAAUCCAGCUGCGUACGCCCAAGUCAGUGGAUACCCCACACAACCUCUUUCCCCAGCCUAUGUGCAGCAACAUCCCUUACCCAGUAAAAAUUUAUAUGGUUCUGAAACUCAAAAUAAAGCGCCUAUCUCUGAGCCUUCAUCUUCUCAUACGCCCACCGUGUCACGUAAAGCAGCUCCUCAAGCUAAUGAGCCUGGGACUGGUCGCAGAAUUGGCCUCGACCACUUCAACUUUCUAGCUGUUCUCGGUAAAGGAAAUUUUGGUAAGGUUAUGCUUGCAGAAACUAAGUCAACAAAGCAACUUUACGCUAUAAAAGUUUUGAAAAAAGAAUUUAUCAUAGAAAACGAUGAAGUUGAGAGUACUCGAAGCGAAAAGAGAGUGUUCCUUAUUGCAAACAAGGAAAGACACCCCUUCUUGACUAAUUUGCACGCCUGUUUCCAGACGGAGACAAGAGUAUACUUUGUGAUGGAAUAUGUCAGUGGCGGCGACCUCAUGUUACACAUCCAAAGGGGUCAGUUUGGAACAAAAAGGGCACAGUAA